AGCCACACCGCACUGUUGAGAAAUCACAGUCACAAAGAUCUCGGGUCACCAUGUGUCAUCCUAAUGUAGGGCCGUGUGUUUCUGGCGUUUUUCAUAUGAACUGCUUUCUUCGUUGUUUACGGACGCCCUAAACGGGUUUCAGUCAUGCAGACGGGACAAACAUUUAUUAGUAGAUCGAGAUCAACACCAGAUCACCAGUCUUUGAACUGCCCACAUGCGUUUAUAUUGACGCGAUUAGGAGACUGGAUCGUUAUCAGCUUGACCAAUUGUACCGAUCAAAGUGCAAACAAGUGAAACUCAAGUACAGCUAGAGUGAAGAAGCGAAUAAUUUGCCAGAAAAAGCAUCAAAUUCGGGUAUUUAAUGGGCACUGAUAACGAUUCUGAGUUAAAGAGGACGGAGGAGAAGUCCCAAUGGACGCUGUUUGUUCAGGACAUAAGUGUUUUACAGUGGGUGCUUUCCUUUCUGUUUUUGGGAGCAUCCUGUCUGGUUUUGAUGGUGUACCUGAUGUUUACAUCUCUGUGGUUCUUCCCCACUCUCUACUUCACCUGGCAGAUCUAUGACUGGUACACACCUGAGAGAGGUGGCAGAAAAACAAGGAUUGUAAGAGGCUGGAAAGUAUGGAAACACUUCCGAGACUAUUUCCCUGUGAAGCUGGUGAAGACUGCUGAGUUGAGUACCAAUAAGAACUAUAUUCUGGGAUGCCACCCCCAUGGUAUCAUGUGUGUGGGAGCAUUCUCAUGUUUCAGUACAGACUGGAAUGGAUUUGCUGAAACCUUCCCUGGAGUACGUCCCACUCUUGCAAUCUUGGCCGGACUUUUCCGCCUUCCUCUUUUCAGGGAAUAUAUUAUGUGUGCAGGUCUGUUGCCUGUCAGUAAGCAGAGUUUAAAUUAUGCGCUGAGCAAUAUGGGAUUAGGUAAUGCUGUGAUCAUUAUUAUUGGUGGGGCAGAGGAAUCGCUUGCCUCAUCUCCAGGAGUAAACACCGUAGUCAUGAAACAGAGGAAAGGCUUUGUACGGCUGGCGCUUGAACAUGGGGCUGACCUGGUUCCUGUGUACUCUUUUGGAGAGAAUGAGCUGUUCGCGCAGGUGGUUUUCUCUGAGGGCAGUGUAGGUCGACGGCUGCAGGCUCUAUUUAAGCAUGUUAUGGGAUUUGCUCCAUGUCUCUUCACUGGGGAGCGCUGGCUGCUCCUGCCCUACAGACGUCCCGUCACCACUGUGGUUGGCCAUCCCAUAGCUGUGCCUCAGGUUCACAAACCAUCUCAAGAACAGGUGGAUCAUUACCACAAAUUAUACAUGGAGGCUCUUUCUGAACUUUUCCACAAACAUAAGACCAGCUGCGGACUGGCCGAAACGCACGAGCUGCGCAUAAUCUGAAAACACUGGGUCCACACAGAGUUAUUGAAACAUUCUCAGGGUUAUGUCUGAAAUAUUUGAUGUGGGAGGGAAAAGGAUAUAAAAUAAUAAAGAAAUUGGGUAGAUGCUACCAAUUAAUAUUAGAUGGCCUUAACUACUUUGUACUUGACUAUUUGAUACAAUGUACAUAUAUGGUGGCACAUUGUAAUUACAUUCAAAGUACUGGCACUUAAAGGGACACUCCACUUUAAAAAAAAAAUAUUCUCAUUUUCCAGCUCCCCUAAAUAUUUGAUAUUUACCAUUUUGGAAUCCAUUCAGCUGAUCUCCGGGUCUGGCUGUACCACUUUUAUCGUACCUUAGCAUAAUCCACACAGCCAAAAAUAGUCCCCUUGGUAGCUUUCAAUAGCAGGGGACUAUUUUCGGGCACUGCGUAAUAUCAUUGCGCCUCCUGCAGCCAUGUUACGGCAGCAAAGUCCUUGAUUAUUAUGCCAGAAUGAGAGUAUAGUUCCUAGCCAUAUCUGCCUAGAAAAUCGCAACUCUUAAUUUUCCGUCGGUCUUAGUACACAAUGUCACUACAGAAGAGUCAAGUUUUAAAUAGGAAAAAUAUCAAAACUAUUUGGUUAUUUUUGAGUGCUAUGCUAAAAGUGGUACCACCAGACCCGGAGAUCAACUGAAUGGAUUCCAAAACGAUAAAAAUCAAAUGUUUAACUCGGGUGCUGGAAAUGAGCAUAUUUUCAAAAAAAGUGGAGUGUCCCUUUUCUUAACAUGUAGUUAUGCUGUUGAUGUUACACCUAACAGUAACCCAACCUUUGCCCCAAAAUCUUCAACCCCUAACCAUGUCCUUACUCCUAAACCAUAUCUUAAACGUAUUAGCAGAAUUAGCAGAAAAAAAUUGUAUUUCCAUAGUCUUGCCGUUAUUUAAUGUUAGUACAUAAGGCCACCAAACAUAAAACGUGACCAAAUUUUUUUUGUGUGAUUUGGAGCUUUGGGUGUGCUGACUAGAUAUGUUUAUAAAAUUAACAUACAAAAACAAUUAAUUAAUUUUUAGUUCAGAAAAAGAAAAACAAAAUUUUUUGUAUUUGAAAUUCUAUUUUCAAGUUUUUAAUGUGGAAACCAUGUAAAUUUAAUAAUAUGCUGGGGUCUGUUAUGAUUAUUAUCUUUCUAUUUCAGAUAUAUUUCAACAACACUGAUGAUAAAUUGCUUAUGUAUUUUAAUGCACUGAAGUUGCACAAUCAAUUUUACCUCAUUGAAAAAUAAAUAAUACUUUAAAGAAA